CUAAGGAAUAUCCUCUUUGAUCCCAAGUCCCAACCCUUUCUUUAUAUUUAUUAUUAUUAUUAUUAUUAUUAUUAUUAUUUAUUAUAUAAACUCACACACACUCAAAACCUUCCCUCACCUCCUAUUCCUCUUUCUCUCUCUCUCUCCUCUUCAAAACAAAACAAAGCAAAAAAAAAAAAAAAAGUUUCAAACUUUGAUAUGCAAGUGGCAGCAGAACUCCAACACACCCAUCACCACAAGCGCCAAGACACCCAGAUGUGCCGGAAAAUCCAACUCAGUAUCACCGAUCACAACCUCUCUCACGCCGCCGCCGGCGACGGUGCCGGUGACAAGGUCGACGGCGAGGAUCUCUAUAUUCCACCCCUCAAUUUUGCUAUGGUUGAUAAUGGCAUUUUCCGCUCUGGCUUCCCUGAACCUGCUAACUUCUCCUUCCUUCAAACCCUUGGCCUCCGUUCCAUUAUAUAUUUGUGUCCUGAGCCAUAUCCAGAGGCCAACAUGGAGUUCCUCAAGUCAAAUGGGAUCAAGCUUUAUCACUUUGGGAUUGAGGGUCACAAGGAACCUUUUGUGAACAUCCCAGAGGACACAAUCCGUGAAGCUCUGAAAGUUGUCCUUGAUGUCAGGAACCACCCAGUCAUAAUUCACUGUAAGCGAGGAAAGCAUCGAACAGGAUGUUUAGUAGGAUGCUAUAGAAAAUUGCAAAAAUGGUGCUUGUCAUCUGUCUUUGACGAGUACCAGCGCUUUGCGGCUGCGAAAACAAGAGUUUCAGAUCAGAGGUUUGUAGAGUUGUUUGAUAUUUCCAGCCUGAAGCAUUUGCCCAUAUCAUUUUCUUGUUUGAAGAGGUAACAGACCAAGUUAUGGUGAGUUGGGAUUCCUUUCUUUAGUUUGUGAAAGUGAAUCCCUUGUUCUUCCUUUGAAUAAAUAGGAAAAGGUGAUGAACUCCUUCAAUGCAUUUAAGCAGCAAAGGAAUAAUUCUUCUUCUCCCAUUUUUAAAAUAAGAUAAGAAAAUCCAGAAGUAGUAGAGCAUUGCCUGUAUCUGUAUGUGUUAAAACCCUUCUCUCCCUAUUUGGCCUUUUGUUCUAUUUUCUUUCUUUGUUUUAUGUUUUCUUUGCUGCUCCCCAUUCAUCAACAAUGAGUGUAGAUAUAUCUUGAUUUAUUCUCGAGGCUCUGAGAAAUUCAAGAAAGCAAGAAAAGAACCUUGUUUGUCUACCCCAAAAUCUUGGUGGGUAGUAGAGCAGAGAAACUUAUAAUUUUUAUUUUCUAAAUUCAUAUUGCUUUCCUUUAUUUUGAGU